AUGCGUUCCACUUCUUCCAUUCUUCCCGUGCUGGCACUGGCGCUGGGGGCUGCCGCUGACCAGGACUGGCACUUCGGUGACACCAUCUACAUGGGCCCCACGAGCGGCUCGACCUACCUCAAGAAGUUGACCUACUCUCUCGUCCCGCCCGCCGUGCCUACCGAUUCGAGCCAGAGCGAUGCUUGGCUCAGCAUCUGGGUUGGCAUUUCGGCGUCCCAGAGUGAUAACAGCAUUCCGCUUAUGCAGCCGCUGUUGAACUGGGCACCCGACAACGCUGCCCAGGGCUGUCCCGCAGACAACGACGCCUGGUGCGUCGCUGCCAGCACCCUCUUGCCCACCGGUCAGACUGAUGAGCCCUACGUCGCCGUCCCCAUCGGCUCUACGCUGGACUUCGAGAUCGAGACCACCUCAUCUGGUACUGUCUCGCAGAAAGUCUCGAUCAACGGCGAGGUCUCUUCAACCAUCACCAACAGCAACAUCGGCGAGAACCCCAAGUGGGUCAUCGCUUCCAACGAGUGCUACUCGAACCAGUGCGGAAGCCUGGAUGGCUACACCUGGGCCAACAUGACCAUCACUCUGAGCGCCGCCGAGGAGAGCUUCGGCGACUCCUUGAGCAUGACGGGUGCCACUUCCGAUGGCUUCACCUCGUCUGACAACGGCCUGACGUGGACCGGCUCGAUCAAGUUCAACGCCGACAAGUGGCCCUCGUCCUAA